CUGGAUUCAUGCUGGCGAGUGGCUCCUCUGUUGGACUGGCAGAACUAUUAAUGCGGCCGGAGCAGAGCGCAUGAAGGAGGAGAAAAUGAAUGUGGAGGCUCUGAGCCGAGCAGAGCUGCUGACUUUCCUCAGUAUUUUGGAGGGCGAGCUGGAGGCCCAGGAUGAGGUCAUACACACCCUCAGGGCUCAACACAGAGAUGCUUUCAUCCAAGAGCGCUAUGGUCAGUACGACCUUAGCGAUCCGUUCCUGGCGCUGCAGCGGGACAACAAGUCCGCGGAGCGCCAAAGCCCACUCCCCGAGCAUCAAACACACCUGCAGGGUCGGGCGGUGGGCCCGAAUCCUCUGGCUGUCCUCAAACUCGUCAUGGCUCACUGCAAGAGGAUGCAGGACAGGAUGAUGGGACAGCUUGCUGCUGCUGAGAGCAGUCACAGGAGGAUGAUAGCUGAUCUGGAGGAGGAGAAACGUCGGCACGCCCAGGACUCUGCACAUAGUGAGGAUUUAACCGUCAUGCUGCAGACGGAAAGAGACCAACUGCUGCAACAGCUGGAAGGGGAGCGUGACAGUGUGCGGAGGUUGGAGAAGGAACAGGCACAGCUAGUGAGCAAGGUGGAGGAGUCACUGUCCCAGCAGCAGCGGGUCUCCUCCACUCUGACCCUGGAGCUCCAGAAAGCCAGCGGCCAGGCUCAGGAGGAGGCUCAGAAGGUCUCCCAACUUCAAACCUUGCUCCAAGAUGAGACCAGUGCUCUAGAGAAGAUCCAAGGGAUCCUCGAAAGUGAGAGGAGCAGGGCGGCCCAGCUAGAGGCCAGGUCUGAGGGGCAGCAGGCUGAGUUUGACUCUGAACUAGAGCGGAUGAAAGCAAAGGUCAGCAAAAUGGAGGAGAGGAGUAGGGAGUUGGAGAGGCAGGUGGAGGAGCUGAGGAAAAGGUUGGCUGAGCCUGAAGAAGGUAAAGAGGGCGUGAAGGAGGAUGUGACGGAGGUGAAAGAGACGCUGUCCAAGGCGAUGGUGGUGUCCACCUCUGCUGAGACUGUACCGGAUGGAAAGGUAACUGUCACUCCUAAAUCCACCUCACUGUCAAAGGUCAACGGCCAUCACGAUCAUAAAGAGACUGAACCAACUCAGGAGGGGAGGGGAGCAGACAAUGGAGGGCUGAUAGAGAAUGGGGGAGCUGCACCUUUGCAUUUCCCUCUUCACCCUCACCCUCACCCUCACUCUCCCUCCAGCACAGCCUCCUCCUCUCUCUCCUCCUCCCCCAUUUCCUCCCCCAUCCUUGCCAAGCGCCUGGGCAGCCCAGGUUUGCAUCAGUCCUCCUACCAGGCCGGAGUCAACCAGCGAUUCCAGGCUGCCAGGCACAAGUUCCAGAGCCAGGCAGAGCUGGAGCAGCAGCAGGGUGGCCCGCUUUCCCCCAGGGACCUCUCCCCCACCACCUCCUCCAUUCCUCCCCCACCAGAGCACAGCACAGCUAAGCAGCUGGCCCGCAACACUGUCACUCAGGUGCUGUCCCGCUUCACCAGCCAGCAAGCGGGAGUCAAGCUGGCCCCUCUCAGCAGCUCUCCGUUCGGUACAGACUACCGAAACCUAGCAGCGUCCCCUCCUGGUGGGAGGUCACCUUCUUCAGGGCCCUUAUCUCCAGGCAUCCGCUCCCCCCUCACUCCUCGCUCAGAGAGGACCCAUCCUCCUCCGAUCCCUCCCAAGAAGCCAGGCAUGAGUCCAACUCCAGGCUCCCCAAGUCACUCAGCUCGGACCAGCCUCUUCCCCGAGCUGACCGGCACCUGUGGGCAGAGCAACAACGGCCAGGAGGGAGCCAAGGAAUCAGACCUUUUAUUUUCUAGCAGCUAACGUCCGGUUCACACAAACUCACUUCUAAACGAGUCAGACCUUAAUCAAAGUUUACUGUAAUUUUCAUCUUUACUGGCGCUCAAGCCCACUUCAUUGCACUCAUCCACAGAUAGACUGGUUCAAACCACAGACUGUAUACACACUUCCCAUCAUAUAAUUAGGAAGCUAAAAUAUUCCUAUUGCGGGUGCCACCAUCUUGCACUUCUGACAUCAUUUGGAGCCAGUAGAGAUUGUGGGGCGGAGCCAUAGUAUCGAGGUCCUGCCCGUACAUGCGCUUGACCAACCGCGAAUCACUCUCAGCUGUCAAUCACAAUGUUUCUACCCAUUUUAGAACAUAAAAAAACAAAAACUAAACUUACGGUCAAAAUGAAAACUUGAACAUACAUCAGUGUGAUAAGAACUAUCUAAAACUGAAACAAUCUCGUACUUUGAACGUCUACUGGUUUGUCCAUGUCCCAUCCACUAACAUGGGGGAGGUGGGGUUUAUCACCUAUAAUGCAGCCAAUCACCAGGGGACCAUCAAGAUGAUUUGGCUGUCAUGUCGUCCAUCUUUAUUUACAGUCUAUGCACCCCUACCCCCAUAGUCUUUUAUGGAUGCUUUCAUUGGAUAUUUCUUACGUUCCUGUCUUUGGUUCUUUAUGUAGAGUAUUUUAGUUUAAAAUUUUAGAGUAAAAAAUAUUUAUGUUAUUUUUCAAUUAAACCCUAUAUUAGGGGUGUUGAGAAACCAUAUAUAAAGAAUACUGUUGACUUUUAAAAACAAAAUGUCAGUGGGAUCUUAAAGCACAACCCUUCUUUUCUUUACCCUUUAAUGCUUACAACUGCCUGUUAGAAUAAAAGAAGACUUUAGUCAGAUACAGCACUGUGUAGCUAGUGGAGGGGCCAAAAUAUAGAUGUAGAGCAUAGUGAAAGUGUAGCUGUCACCAUGUCACAAUAAAAUAGUAACUUUAAACUGUUUUGCCAACUUAUUCUUAUGCAGCUGUUGUGGAGAUUGGCAAUGGAAAUAUUAUACUGUAAAUAAUUUAAAUGAACAAUAUCACUUGCAUGUUGUUUUUUUGUUUUUUACUACUAGUCACAGAUACACUGAAUCUUGUCUUGAAAAAGGGAGAGCACACUUUGCACUACAUUUCUCUAAGACACUGUAUGUCUACAAUUUCAGAUGUUUUAUUCAGGGAAAGAUUAAUUUCCGCCUCACUAGAUCCGAGACGGACUGAGUCCUGUGCCGAGAACCAUUUGGUAUAAGGGGUUGAAUCUUGCUACUGUAACGAUUGUUUCUAUAGCACAUAUCAAAUAAUUUACAUAGUAUUGUGUGUGUUGUCCUAAUGAUGCAACAUGUUUUAUUUUACAUUUAUUGUGUUUUAUGUUUUGUUUUCUAGCUUUAAAAACCAAGAAUUCAUCGAAAGAAAUUAUUUUAGCCUUUUGAUUUAAAUGUCAAUUUAUAUACACACUGCUUAACUGUGAGGGCCAACGUCCCUCAGCUUUCUCUAGAAUAUAUGCAUAUGUUGAACACCUGAAACACCUAGUGGUAUUUUAAAUAAAUUACCCAUGCCUUAAA